UAUGAAAGAGCCCAAAGUUUUGAAGUCUGAAUUGACUGUUAUUAAAGCCCAACUCACCAGUAAAAUACUGGUGACUGGUCUGGUCAGAACCAGUCAGGACCAGGUGGUAGUGGAGAGGAUAUAACGAGCAGAGCCCACAGAGACACACAUUAGUUUUGGUAUAAAAUAAGGAGAAUUUAUAAUAGCAAACGACGCAAUGAUUUUGCCCCACUAACUCUUAUCGUCAUCAUCAUCACCAUCCUGCAUCAGUUCGAGACUUUUAGUCCGUUUCGAUUUGGUCUGAAUUCUGGCAGCUACAAAAGGCACACCACAGCCCACCACUUCCAUCAAGGUAAAACUUAAAAGCCUAAGCUUGAUAUCAAAGAGACAUGUACAACUCUUAUAUUUUUAGUUCAAGUGUGUUGUCGCUUAGGAGUAAUGGUUCUUUUUCAUUUUCAUUCAACGACUAUUCUUCCAACUUGUUGAAUUCCUCACUUGAGAAAACCUCUCCAUCAUCAAUCCCUUGUUCUUCAUGUUGCUCAUCUUGUUGUUGUUGCUGUGCUACAUUGGCCAAUGCCCCCGAUAGACUACCCAUUACCCCUCGCUUUUUAUAUGGAUUAGGGCAAUCUGCCAUUGUUCGAUGCUCACCUUCUAGGAGGCUCAUAUUGCCUGCUGGAAACCGCUGCGUUUUGCGCUUUCCAGGUUGUUGUCUUGAUCUUGUUGCUUUUGAGGUUUCAACUGCCAGUAUGUUUGCGAGGAAAACCAAGGGGAGGUUUAGAUGCUUGGUUUCCGAGGAAAAUAGUGCUAGGUAUUCAUUAGGUGGAAUAGAUGCCGCUGAGGCCAUCAUCAGCUUGUUGAGUGAGGAAGUGGAUGGGGUGUGUUUAGGUACUGGAGAAAGAAAUAAGAGUUCAUAUAAGACAGUGGAAGUGGAGAACAGAAAGAAUUAUGAUAGUAAGUGCUACAGCCAGAAGAAGAAAAGUGAACAAGGGGAGAAGACAAGAAACUUUGGUAAUGAAUGCAACAAUGGAAAAAAGAAAAGAGUGCAAGUGGAGGAAAGAGGGAGCCAUGUAUAUGAACGCUGUAAGGAGAAGAAUAAAAAUGUUGGGUCACGUUUGUUGGAGAGUGAUUCUAAGGAUGAAUAUGAGUCCAUCAGUAUUGAGUCAAGGGAAAAGAGUAUAAAGAAUGCAGAGAGAGAGUCAACUUUGAGAGCCGAGAAUCGUAGGGGAAGGACAAAGAGUUCUAGCUGUUCAUCUUAUUACUCAUUGUCAUCUUCAGGGGACUUAGAGAAGGAUACUGAACUCCCAGAACAGGAGGAGCAAUUUGUGGAAGAAUCGUUAAGUGGUCAUGUGAUGGAAUCAAUAAGAAAUGAGAAUAGCGGAACUGAGGGACAAGUGGCAGUAGGCUUCAAGAGGGAUAAUGCUGGAGGGAAUAGUGUUGGUUGGGGUUUGAGAAAGAAAUCAGAGAAGAAGCUGGCUGGAGUAUCCGCUGAGGAAAUACAAUCUUUAGCAAAAUCCUCACAAGAAUAUUCAAUAAGGGUGAAGAAUGAUGGAAGUGACUAUGUGAAAAGAUCUAAUUCCCAAGAGCAACUUGAUCACAAUGACUGGGAAAUAAGAAAGUGGCCUACUCAGACAAAUAAUCAAGUUAUUGGGCAGUCUGAAUCUAGAAGGCAAAGUCAGGAUGUUAGAGAAGUAUCAAUGAUCGAUGUUAGUGAUGCUGGGGCAACUUCUCAAAAGAAGCAAUUCACAGGCGGAGAAGCAAAUGUGAAAGUGUCAGAAAUCCAAGACAGUGCUGAAAGAAUUUCUACUUUGCAGAGGCUGUCUGAAUCUAGAAUGAAGAUUGAGGAAGAAGAUACAACUCUAGUUCAGAGUCGGUCAGAAUCUAGAAUGAAGAUCUUGGAAGAAGAUACAACCGUGGCUCAGAGUUCAUUUCAGCAGACAAGAAAGCAACACCAGAAAAGAGGUGAAAGGAUCAGUGAAAAAUUGGAAUUGAGAAGAAAAUCAGAACACUUAAGUGAAAUUAAUGAAGCCAAGAACAAGAAGACCUCAACAUUGCAGUCUGAAACACAAAAGAAGAAACAGGAUGAUACUUCAAGUUUAAGUUUCACUUCUUAUCCAGAAACAAAGAAGCAAUGCGUUCCAAAGGAUCAAAAACCUCGUCAGAGAAUUGAAUCCAGGAAAGGAUUGCAAGCUGUUACAAAUAUAUCUGUUGUUCAUGCUGAGAAUAUUGAGAUGGUUACUGAUUCUCAAACAAGUUAUGGAAAAAGAUUGAUUGAACAUGAUAGUAAUUUCACUUCAGGUUUGGGUCUGACUAGUGAGAGAAGCAAAAGACAUAAUGAAACUAGUGGUAGAGUUGAGCAAACCAGAUCAAGAAAAGAGAAUGGGAAACCUACUAGUGUAUCGAGUUCUUGGGAAAAAGCUGAGGAGGGCUCUAAUUCUCAAGCAUCUUUGAGUUUGGUUUCAGAAGCACAAGAACAACAGUCUUAUGUUGAUUUAGUGGAAUCAGAAAAGAGAGGCACAGAGGCAGUUUUGAUGCCUUCCCAGUCUCAAGUGAUAGCUGGAGGUUUCCUGCACAAUGACUCAAUGACUAGGAUUUCCACUCAGGAGGCUUCCGUUGAAACUUCAGAAAGUGGCUUUGCUACAUCAUCUAUGCAUUCAAGAGGAAGGACUACAUUCGCACACCACAAACCAUUUGCAAGAGAAAGGAGUGAGACCUGUGGGGAGUCUUUAAACUUGAUUACCCAUGAAGAUUCUCAGGGUUCUGCUCAACGAUUAGAGGAAUCAUCCUUGCAGUUUGUUGGGGAGUUUGUUGAGAAGGUAAGGCAUGAUGUCUUAACUUCUGAGGUCCAACAGGAGAAGAGAAGUUCUGACUUUAAUUUGGCAUAUGAAGUCGAUAAGCAUGGGCCAAACAUUUCUGGUCAAUAUGGCAAGGAAGAGUCAAAGAUGAAAAAGCAUGACUCGAGGCAGUCAGCGAAGGGCUCUGGAGAAAAGGGACCCUCCAAUGAAAUGUGGGAUGUAACAGAGCCAUCUGUUCAGGGACCGCCUGGAGCGGAAAUCCCACAGGGGACUUCCACAUCAGGGCAUGCUGUCAUAAAGAGAAGUGGCGGGUCCUUGUGGAGCCUUAUGGGAGAUAUCAUUCGAUUACGAUGGGGUUCACAUGCUCAGACCCCUAGCUCUGCUGCAAGAUCCGGAGGAAGGAUUUCACCAAAUGAGUCUGUUGGUAGUGAGACGUGGUUUUCUGGUCGGGAACUGGAUGAAAACAGUGAAGAAAAUCUGAGAAGGGAAAGAAGCAGCAUAGCUUUGGAGGUCAUGUCUCAGUUGGGACAAGGGACUGAAGGUGAAGGAGAUGUUUCUGACUCAAUGAGGUCAACUGACAAAAUAGGACACCUUGAAGGGAACAUUUCACCAUCUUCAAAUAUAUUAGAAACCAUGUCUGCAUCAGAAGUUAUUUCAUUGACUUCACAGAAGGAAAAACAUGAUGGGAGUAACAUUCAGGUAGCCUCUUCAGGCAAGGAGGUAGUACAGUCAUCUCUACCAUUACCAGCCAGAGGCAUAAGAACUUCUCCUGUUGUAGAAGAGAUUGCAGAAACUGAUAAAAUCGAAAUCCAUGGAAGUGGUUCAAUAAGGGUGAUGGAACAGCCUUUUGGUGCAAGAUUAACUGAAGCAUCAGGGUCUCAGGGUAAGGAUGGGGAAUUGAAACAAAGAAAGCUUCAACGGACCAAGCAAGUCCCAAGAGAUAGAUUUGAUGAAUGGGAAGAAGCAUAUGCACUUGAGCGUGAGCAGCGAAAAAUUGAUGAACUGUUUAUGAGAGAAGCGCUGCUGGAAGCCAAGAAAGCUGCUGAUUCUUGGGAGGUGCCUGUUGGAGCUGUACUAGUGCAGCAUGGGAAGAUAAUUGCCCGUGGAUGCAACUUGGUAGAGGAAUUACGGGAUUCAACUGCCCAUGCAGAAAUGAUCUGCAUACGAGAAGCUUCGAGCUCACUACGUUCAUGGAGGCUUGUGGAUACAACACUUUAUGUUACACUUGAACCAUGUCCUAUGUGUGCUGGAGCAAUACUCCAGGCCAGAAUCGACACUCUUGUGUGGGGAGCUCCCAAUAAGCUUCUAGGAGCAGAUGGCAGCUGGAUUAGACUUUUCCCUGAUAGGAGAGGAGGAAAUGGCUCAGAACUGACAGACAAGCCAGCAGCUCCAGUUCAUCCAUUCCACCCAAAAAUGACAAUCAGACGGGGGAUAUUGGCAACAGAAUGUGCAGACAUAAUGCAACAGUUUUUCCAGCUUAGGAGAAAGAACAAGGAAAAGAAAGCCGAGCAGGCCCCAUCACCGUCUUGUCUUCCCAUAACAAGCCAUCCAUCAAAAAUCUUUACCAAGAUGCACGACAUCUUCCAUGUGAUGUUCUGCUUGUAAGAAACUGUAGGAAAACGACAAACUCUUUUUUAGGUUCCAUAAAGUAUUUUAAAAACCGUAAUUCUAAAUUCCUGCAAAUCAAAUUUAGUAAUAGUGUGGAUUUAUGGAGAUUUGGUGCUCUUUGCUGCGUGAACAUGGAAGAUACGAGGGUUUCGAAGAGUUGAUGUGUCAUCAAGGCUUUACAAACCCCCCCUCCCGUUCCCCCAAAAAAAGGUUAAAUUAAUGAUUUGCUUUGAUUGCAAUUUGUAAUAGUAAGGGAGAAAGUAAAGAGAUCCCUGAAGAGUUUAACCAAAACAGAUUUUUGGGUAUUACUCCGAUCCCUAUAUAUUUCACAGUUCCUAGUCUUUGGCAUUUA